GGACAGUGUGCUGGUUCGCCUUUUGUCAGAUUGCCCAUGGACCUCGCAGCGUCCCUGGCGGCCUACCGGUUCGGUACAGAACCCGUGGCGAGCACAUCCAGACUCCCUACGUCAGCGGCCAGCGAUUCUGAUCACUUUGACGACGCGCGAGAGGAUUCCCUCCUGCCAGUUGGCAACGACGCUAUGACAGGGAGCAACGCAUCCUCGCCCACAGCCUCAUCACCUCUGCUUCUGCUGCUAGCACGUCUCGGUGACCCGCAUGAGCGCUUGACAUACGUUCGCGAAUUGCUGCGAUGCUCCAGCGAGACGGCAGACAAAGGCGCCCAGCUUGCCCUUGUGCUGUUCACAAUCCACUUGCUAGCAGAGAUACAGACACUGCAAUAUGCGGCUGAAAAUGCUGCACAGCCGGCGGCGGCACCACCUCGACAUCGACGGAGCUCUAUCGAUCCGUCUGCGCCCAACGCCGUCGUCAGGCGUCGCGCAAGUCAAGCUGCUAUGCGUGGUAGCAUGUCUGCUGCAACCUCACUCGUCGGCCUCGGAUUGGGCGCAAAGCCAUCGGACAGUAUGCCGAAUCAGGCGAUCGCAAAGCUGUCCGGCUUGGAAAGUCGCCGGCGCUCGUCAGUACGCUUAACGCCCAUGAUGCCUGCUGCUGGACGCGUGGUGAAUGGACACGGCCCGUCAGAGUCCAGCUCGACAUCUUCAGAGAAUGAUCAGGGCGAUACGUCUGCCCGGCGGAACUCCUUGCGACCGGUCAAGCACCUUCGAUACGCGCUUUGGCGUCAAGUCAUUACCCAAUUGUAUCUCUCCCCGACAGCGCUUUUAACUUUGCCAGCACAGGUCGCGCAGGAUCCUGCCGUUAUGGCGGUCUCGCAAGCUCAUACAAAAGCAACCAGAGUCGAGAUGCUACAGGAGGCGUGUUUCGCCUGCCUUCGCUACGUCGCGCUAGCGGACAAGGCUACCCUUGAGGUUGAUCAGCAGCCUGGCAGCCUAUGGGACUCAUUUGGCACGCUUUCGCUGCCAACACUGUCAUCUGCUACCCAUCACGAGCUUCACAGGCUCGCCGAGCUGCCGACGCCACAAGCUAAGCGAGCCAUCAUGAUCAAUCUCCUCGCUUCUCUCGUCUCCAUGCGAGAGUACGGCUUUGGCCUGCAAUCGUCUCGAAAGCGAUCGGCGUUUGAUCUGAAGACGCUCCAGACCGCUGGCAUGGUCACCGGCGAUACCACACCCCGGCUGACGAAUUCCGAGAGUAUUCCGAGCUUGCCGAAAGAGGAUGAGUCUGCCAUCUGUGCGUUCCUCAACCUUGCGACGGAUAGCAAUGCAUCAGAGCGCUACCUGAGCACGCUGCUCGCUGAUUCGCUCAAUCGCGGAGUCGGUCGCAGACCGAGUCGUGCAGCCCUUGCGCCUCCAGAUGCAGACGAAGGCGACGAUGAGCGCGAAGAGACGGUAGAGCCAUGUCAGCCACGCGCGCCCACUCCAGCGCUAUCGGACAUAUCGACAGAAGAGGCAACCAUCAUGGAGCAUUCUGUCGCGACAGAAGCUCGACGGCAGACUGUCAGCGGAGACAAGAUGCGCUGGUUCUUUGGCGAGACGCCAACGGGACUCGGACCCGCUGCACAAAUCACCGAUCCGCGAGAGCAUCGCCGGCGGCACUCGUCAUACUCACUCUUGACGCUCAAAGUCAAACCGUCAAUCAGCAACAUUCGCACUGAAACUGCCGAGACAGGCGCCGUCACUGUGACGCGUCAGACUUUUGUGACAGAGGACAUCUCUGACCUCACGCCUUCAUCCAAAUCACACUUCCGCCACAGCAUGAUCCAAAUGCCGUCAGAAUCUCCCAUAAGCGAGCUUGCCGUCUCGACGUCGACGACAGAGCACAGUCUUUCGAGUGCUCUUGAUGGCGAAGAGGUUGCACUGCUUCAUGCUCAGCAUGAGCGAAGUGCGUUCAGCGACAGCGAACUUAUUAGCACGCCCAAGAAUCGCCGCUCAUCCGUCGCUUCGAAGAUGCCUUCGCUCGGCAAUAUCAAUAAUGCGCAGCCCUUUGCUGACUUGGCGAUCCGUCAAGCUGUUGAUGCGACACCACUUGGCUCCACCCUCAUGCCUCCUACUGUAAACAAUCUCGAUCUAGCAAGUCGCCAGGUCCUCGUGAAGCGCAGUCGUAAGUUGCAAGAUAUGCUCGGAGCGACACUCAAUGAAAAAGCGCAUAAUGACCUUGUCAGUUCGGCGAUGCCGGCAAGCCGUCAGCUUCUAGAUGUUGAUGCUCUCGAGCACCCCGAAGGCGGAAAUACGCCGAUGGGACCAUCGUCUGCUUCGCCGGCCUUCCCACAGCGACAAUCGCUGGACAACCCCGUCCGGCCCGCUGCCGUCAGCAAACAUAGUUCCUAUUUCUUCACGAGUUCGGAAAGCGAGGACUUUGCCAGUAGCGAUGCCAUGUCGCGCAAUUCGUCUGCAGUCGGCUCGACGACUGACUACACUUCGCCCGAGAUCGGACGCAUGAGGGACACCAAAGACCUCGACCCGUGGUCCUGCGCACCCGGCGACUUCACCCGUGCAGAGCAGCUGCGUGCUCGUGAAGAGCGCCGGCGUAAGCUCAAUAAGCUUCAGCGGCUGCUUGGCGAACGCGUGCCGGUCUCGCUCGCCCUAGGCUAUUCUGCACCGCUCACGCCGCGGGAAGAGAAGCGAAGAAGUUCGGUCAUGCGGAUGUCGACCCGUCAAGUCGGCGCAAUGCUCCGACGGACGAGCUCGCGUCUCGGUGUACUCAAACGUACCGGCUCGCGCGACAGUCUCCGCACAGGCAAUCGUAGUGACCUAUCGGAAGACGAUGGCCAGAUCGGGAGCAUGAGUGAUGGCGGGGCUCCUAGUGUGGGUGACCUGCUGCGCGCUCAGAAGCUUGAGAAGAUCUUGGGCAAGAUGCCACCGGCCGGCUAUUGCUACGGUCCUCGCUCGGCAGGUUCUGGUACGCCUCGUCGCACGCGCGGCAGCAGCUUGGACGAGAGCGACGUGACCGAAGAUGAUGAAGAGAGACAAGUGAAGCCGAUGUCACGUCAAGCGUCUAGACUAUCGGCUUUUGGCUACAUCACAGCAUCGUUAGAUUGGGCUACGCAGCACGAUACGAGCUUGCUUGACGAUGCGGCAAGCAUUUACGGUACAGCGGAUUCGACUCUUUCGCCGUCGACGGCGGACGAACCUUGUAAGGCUUGUGCUAGCCCGCUCGUGUCAUCGGAGGAGACGCAUGAGCGGCGUCACGACGUCCUUUGCAAGCGUGCGGCGAAGUUGGCAAGGUACUUUGGCACUACGAGCGCCCUGAUGACCAAAAUUAUAGACGACAUCGAAGCAGAUUUGCGCGAUGAGGAUGAGAUGGGUAUGAUCAGUCCGGCAGAGUUUAGCACAUUGUCAGCUCAGAUACAGAAGCUCAGACUGAGAGCGGUCUAAGGCUGCGCAGGCGCGUCACACAGUGUUGGCUAGCAUUGCAAUAUAGACUGUAAAGGGCCAUUCCUUUUGCAACUCGCGCUAGCAGAUUGUGAUUGCAGCAAUCUAGAACUACACUGCUCCCAGAAAAGCAUCGAGCAUGGCGAGCCUGCCGCGUAUCAUCUCACGCACGACGGGCAACGAC